AUGUUCAUGUUGCUUGCAUUUGGAUUGCUACUGCAAGAAAUUCUGGUUAAUUCCCAAGCUGAAAAUCUUACUGAAUUCAAAAGCAUUCCAGAAGAACCGUUCUAUAGCUACAAAGCUAUCAACUUACCCGAUGAGCAUAUUCCAUACUUUUUGCACAAUAACCAGCACAUUGCUGGCAUUUGUGAGCAGGACUCUCAUUGCCCGUAUAAAAAAUACUUGAAGAAGCUAAAAUCCUGCUGGGGUUAUGAGAAAUCCUGCAAUUCAGAGUACAGGUUCAGCUACCCAGUCUGUGAUUAUGUUGAAACUGGAUGGGCAAAUGACAUUGAGACAGCCCAACAGAUAUUCUGGAAACAAGCUGACUUUGGUUAUGUUCAAGAGAGGCUCAGUGAGAUGAAAACCCAUUGUAAGCCUGCAGCACCAGGAGAUUCAUCUCUGACUUGUUCUCGAUACCUUCAGCAUUGCAGAGCAACAAACUUGUACAUCGAUUUACGAACUGUAAAGAGAAACCACGACAGAUUCAAAGAAGACUUUUUACAGAAGGGAGAAAUUGGAGGUCAUUGCACCCUUGAUGUUCAAGCAUUUUUGGCUGAAGGACAACGCAAGAGCCCUCUGCAGUCUUGGUUUGCAGAACUCCAGACAUUCACUCCAUUAAACUUCAGGCCCCUUGAAGAUGAGCAGUGUGAUGUGGUUAUUGAAAAGCCAACAUACUUCAUGAAGUUAGAUGCAGGUGUUAAUAUGUACCACCACUUCUGUGAUUUUGUCAAUCUUUACAUUACUCAACAUAUCAAUAAUUCCUUCAGUACUGAUGUCAAUAUAGUCAUGUGGGACACUAGCUCAUAUGGCUAUGGUGACCUGUUCAGUGAGACGUGGAAGGCAUUUACAGACUAUGAAAUAAUACACUUGAAAACCUUUGACUCUAAAAGGGUGUGCUUUAAAGAAGCAGUCUUCUCGUUACUGCCUCGAAUGCGCUAUGGCUUGUUUUAUAACACACCAUUGAUCUCUGGCUGUCACGGUACAGGACUGUUUCGAGCGUUUUCUCAGCAUGUGUUACACAGGUUAAAUAUCACGCAGGAGGGACCCAAGGAUGGGAAAAUUCGAGUCACAAUACUUGCACGCAGUACAGACUAUCGGAAAAUAUUAAACCAGAAUGAGCUUGUGAAUGCUUUGAAAACAGUAUCAAUGCUGGAGGUCAGAGUGGUAGACUACAAAUACAAGGAACUUGAAUUUUCAGAGCAAUUGAGGAUUACCCACAACUCUGAUAUAUUCAUUGGGAUGCAUGGAGCUGGACUUAGCCAUUUGCUUUUUUUACCAGACUGGGCUGUGGUUUUUGAGCUAUACAAUUGUGAGGAUGAACGUUGUUACCUGGAUCUGGCAAGGCUGAGGGGCAUUCACUACAUCACCUGGAGGAAAAGGAGCAAAGUGUUCCCUCAGGAUCGGGGACACCACCCAACGCUGGGAGAACAUCCAAAAUUUACGAACUACUCCUUUGAUGUGGAAGAAUUCAUGUACUUGGUGCUUCUGGCUGCAAAUCAUGUUUCACAGCAUUCCAAGUGGCCAUUUAGAGUAAAACAUGAUGAAUUCUAAAUUAGACUCCUGACUGCAAUAUUAUUUUAAAAUAAUGCUCCAUUAAAAAAUAUUGUAACGACAUAAA